UAACCAAUUCACCACGCCAAUCACAUUCACGAAGCCCAUAGAACUCUCUAGAGUCUCUCUCUUUCCUGAGGUCGUGGACUCGACUCGUUCCCUCUGGUAUUUCUCCUUAGAAUUCUCUAGAGCUCUACCAAUACUCUCCAUAUAAACCCCGCUAUCGUCUCCACAUCGUCGCGCAAGACAAUAUCAAAGCUUCGUCCUGAUCAGGCUAUCUGCAUUGUCACAAAUUUGAAUAUUGAAGCAGCAUCUUUGAGUAGAAGCUUGCCGAAAUGGAUGACGAUUUUGAGUUCCCAGCUGCUGGAAGCAACGAAAUGGAAAUGGAUGAUGAAAUGGAUGCUGGAAAUGAUAUGGACCUCCCAGUGGGAAACCCAAUUCUGAAAGUGGGAGAAGAGAAAGAAAUUGGGAAGGAUGGGUUGAAGAAGAAGCUUCUCAAGGAGGGUGAAGGCUGGGAGAAUCCCGAUUCUGGCGAUGAAGUUGAAGUUCAUUAUGUGGGUACUUUGCUGGAUGGGACUCAGUUUGAUUCUAGCCGUGAUCGUGGCACUCCUUUCACAUUCAAGUUAGGCCAAGGCCAAGUCAUAAAAGGAUGGGAUGAAGGUAUCAAAACAAUGAAGAAAGGUGAAAAGGCCCUCUUCACCAUACCUCCAGAGCUGGCUUAUGGAGAGUCUGGAUCCCCUCCAAAAAUUCCUCCAAAUUCGACUCUACAGUUUGAAGUUGAGUUGCUCUCUUGGAACAGCGUGAAAGACAUAUGCAAGGAUGGAGGAAUAUAUAAGAAAGUACUAACUGAAGGAGAGGGUUGGCAAAACCCAAAAGACCUUGAUGAAGUAUUUGUCAAAUAUGAAGCUCGGCUUGAAGAUGGCACAAUUGUGUCAAAAGCUGAUGGGGUGGAGUUUACCGUAAAAGACGGUUAUUUCUGUCCUGCUCUGUCAAAAGCUAUAAAAACUAUGAAAAAGGGAGAAAAAGUACUCCUGACGGUAAAGGCACAAUAUGGGUUCGGGGAGAAGGGAAGACCAGCCACUGGUGAUGAAUUAUAUGUGCCACCAAAUGCUACUCUUCAAAUAAAUCUGGAGUUGGUCUCUUGGAAAACAGUUUCUGAUGUUAGCAAUGACCAAAAGAUUCUCAAAAAGAUCCUGAAGGAAGGAGAAGGUUAUGAGCGUCCAGAUGAUGGUGCAACUGUGCAAGUAAAGUUGAUUGGUAAGCUGCAUGAUGGAACUAUUUUUGUUAGAAAAGGAUAUGAUGAUGAGCCACCAUUCGAGUUCAAGGUUGAUGAAGAUCAAGUUAUAGAGGGACUUGAUAGAACUAUAAAGACCAUGAAGAAAGGAGAAGUUGCACUUGUAUCGAUUCAGCCAGAGUAUGCAUUUGGGCCAUCUGAAUCCCCACAAGAAUUGGCUGUUGUCCCUGGAAACUCUGUUGUAUAUUACGAACUUGAGAUGAUCUCCUUUUUGAAGGAAAAGGAAUCUUGGGAUAUGAACACAGAGGAGAAGAUCGCUGCUGCAGGAAAGAAGAAAGAGGAGGGGAAUGUAUGGUUCAAAGCAGGAAAGUAUAAGAGAGCAUCAAAGAGAUAUGAAAAGGCUGUCAGGUUUAUUGAAUUUGACUCCAACUUUAAUGAGGAAGAGAAGGAGAAGGCUAAGGUGCUUAAAGUCUCAUGCAAUCUUAACAACGCCGCUUGCAAGCUGAAACUUAAGGAUUACAAGGAGGCAGAGAAACUAUGCACUAAAGUACUAGAAAUUGAUGGUAAAAAUGUUAAAGCACUUUAUAGGAGGGCACAAGCAUAUCUAAAUUUGGUUGAGUUGGAAUUGGCCGAAAAAGAUAUCAAGAAAGCACUAGAGAUAGACCCAGACAACAGGGAUGUGAAAUUGGAAUACAAGAUUCUGAAGGAGAAAGUAAAGGAGUACAACAAAAAAGAUGCUCAAUUUUAUGGCAGCAUUUUUGCAAAAAUGAACAAGCUGGAGCAGACUAAAUCUGCAGGUGCACCUGCAAAGCAGGGGACAGUGCCGAUGGCAAUUGAUAGAUUGAGGAGAUUGAUUCUACGUGGGGGCUUGGCAGAAAAAGCUCUCCGAACUGUGGAUUUAGUAAAGAGUGAAAGAGUCAACGAUUCUGUUAUUCCUGCAAGAUUGUCCAAACUGUGGUUGAUAUCCCUGCUGAUGGUAGUUAUUGCAGUUGUGAUCUGUGUAUUCUACAACAAAAGCCAAACUCCAAGGAGUUUAAUGUAUAAUAUCAUAUAAGAAAGAGUAGUAUGGUUGUCAGCUUAGUAGGAAGAGGCAAUAAAUGUCUCUACUGGUCUGGCAGCUAGCCAGGUAGAAUGGUCUGUAACGCUUUAAAUGUCUCUACUUGUUUUGUGAGGGCGAAACGAGCUUUAAGUGGCAGACUGCUUAGAGUGGCAGACUGCUUAGGGAAGCAUGAUGCAGCUUCUAAUAGUUUUGAAAAUGUUGUAUAUGCUACCUUUGACCCCUCUUUUGGACUAAAGUCUCCCAUAUCAAAGUGUCUGUAAUUUACCA